GAAUAUAUAGCGAUGUAAAGUGGCCUGGGCAAUCCCGGCACGACAGGCUCACAAGUGGCCAUUCCAGGCCAAUGGUCCUCCGACUCGUUUGACACCUCUAUCAAUACUACACUUUGUCACCAAUCGACUUUUUCGGUUUUAUUUCUCCAAUUUUUUCCCCUCUCAAAUUGUCCCACAUAAGAAUGUAAAACCAUCCCUAUAAAAAUCAUUUUUCCCCCUCUCAAAUUACCACUAAUUAAAAUCAUUUUGAAGGAAAAUAAAAUAAUCAUAAGUGAAUGUAACGUACCAACAUUAAAUGCAUUUUUAAAAGUGUGAAUCAGUCUGAGACUUGUUUAAAGGCAACAACAGUCGCCAACAGCCAGUUCCCAAAUUCGCCGCCUCCACGUGACUCGCUGUCUCUGAUAGUCCCCACUCGAAAAUCCAGCUGCUCCGCAACACUCAAAACCCAAUGAAACCACACUCCCUAAAUCCCCAGUGCCUCCAUCGCUCUACUUGACACUUGAGAAUGGAAUCUCAACAGAAAUGAUUUACGAACCCUUCUUGCUCUCUCUCCCCUCGCAAUGCCACAAAUAUCGCCUCUUCUUCUCCUCCCUCUGCUGUUCACCCUUGCCGCCGCUGCUAUAUUUCCCUUUUCUCCUCCAAAUCUUCUUCCAUACGACGCCGUUUCUAUUCUCUCCUUCAAAUACCAAGCCGACCUCGACAACAAGCUUCUCUACACCCUCAACGAGCGCUUCGACUAUUGUCAAUGGCAAGGAGUCAAGUGCGCCCAUGGUCGCGUGGUUCGUGUCGUUCUCUCAGGCUACGGAAUCCGUGGCUCGUUUGCUCCGAACACUCUCUCCCGCCUAGACCAGCUACGGGUGCUCAGCCUACAUAACAACUCGCUCUCCGGUCCGAUUCCCGAUCUCUCAACGCUCGUCAACCUCAAGUCACUCUUCUUGAGCCACAACAACUUCUCUGGAUCUUUCCCUCUCUCGGUUUUGGUGCUUCACAGGUUAACAACCCUGGAUCUCUCCAAGAAUAAUCUCACCGGUUCAAUUCCAGUUCAGCUGAACGCUCUGGAAAGGCUUAAUUUGCUUAAACUUGAGUGGAACGGGUUCAAUGGGACGGUGCCUCCUCUGAAUCAGACGUUUCUGAUUAUCUUUAACGUUUCCGGUAACAAUCUUACUGGACCGAUACCAGUGACGCCUACUCUGUCACGGUUUGAUACGUCGUCGUUUUCAUGGAACCCCUAUCUCUGCGGCGAGAUCAUUAACAAAGCAUGCGAAUCUCGGUUUCCAUUCUUUGAUCCGUCGCCAAAUUCCACUCUGCCGCCGGGACCUCUAGGGCAGAGCGCGGAAGCGCAGGGCGGUAUAGUAGUUCAGACUCCUCCAUCUCCUAAGAGGCACAGGAGGACAAGCUUGAUUAUAGGGUUCAUAGUCGGAGUUACAGCCGUUAUAGCGUCCGUCCUAUGCAUUUUCAGCCUGAUUAAGAAACAAAGCAAAAACCGCAACCACGUAGACUCGAAAGAGAUUGAUUCACCAUCUUUAGAGGCAGGAAAUACAUAUCCGGCUACGGUCUCUAUUAGAAGCCAAACAAUAGAGAUCGGGAAAGAAUCGCAACCGAAAGCAAGUAAAAUCGAGGUUCCAGAGAUACGGAGAUCAGCAAAGAGUGGGAGUCUUGUGUUCUGCGCAGGGGAAUCGCAGCCUUAUUCUCUUGAGCUGCUAAUGAAAGCUUCGGCAGAGUUGCUUGGGAGAGGCACUAUAGGAACUACGUACAAAGCAGCGCUAGAUAACCAGUUCAUCUUGACAGUGAAGAGAUUGGACGUGAACAAGACCACCAUCACGAGCAACGAUAUGUUCGACCGGCACUUGGAGGUGGUGGGCCGGCUUCGCCACCCAAAUUUGGUGCCUAUCAGAGCUUAUUUUCAGGCCAAGGGAGAACGCCUAAUCAUCUACGAUUACCAGCCCAACGGCAGUCUCUCCAGUCUCAUUCACGGUUCAAGAUCCACAAGGGCAAAGCCUCUGCACUGGACUUCAUGCCUAAAGAUAGCAGAAGAUGUAAUCCAGGGCCUUACGUUCAUUCACCAAGCAUCAAGAUUAGUUCAUGGCAAUCUGAAAUCCUCCAAUGUUCUCCUUGGAGCUGACUUUGAGGCCUGUCUCUCAGACUACUGCCUCUCUAUCUUUGCAGAUUCUUGGUCUAGCGAAGACCCUGAUGCUGCUGCCUAUAGUGCUCCUGAGACGCGAAAAUCUAGUCAUCAAGCCACCCCCAAGUCUGAUGUCUAUGCUUUUGGCAUCCUCUUACUAGAGCUGUUGACAGGCAAAUAUCCUUCACGUCUUCCACACCUUGCACCUGCUGAAAUGCAAGAUUGGGUCAGAGGGAUCAGAGAUGAUGAUGGUGGAGAUAAUAACCAACUUGGAAUGCUUACGGACGUUGCUUGUGUCUGUAGCUUGACCUCACCAGAGCAGAGACCAGCAAUGUGGCAAGUUUUGAAGAUGAUUCAGGAGAUAAAGGAGAGUGUAAUGAUAGAAGAGAACACAUCUAUGGCAUAGUUAUUAUGUUUGCCUAUACCGAUUCUGUUGGAUUGAAUAUGCAUGGAAGGCAAAAGUAAGAGGUCACUACUACAGUUUUGAAAUAGAUGUGUUGUCCCAAAGUGUGAACAUGGACGAGUUUAGGCGGCUCCACUGGACAUAUCUCUCGAGGAAUUUAUGAAAUGCGUCAGAUCUGGCCUUCUGCAAUCGCACUUAAGGGGUGGAUUUAUAAAGCUUUCUGAUUCUUUUUGUUGAACCGUUGUCAAUUUUGUUGUUUGCUUAUCUUUGAGCUUCUGUUGAUAAAGCUUGUCAAGAGUAUCUAAUUAAAGAGUAAGAAAUUCGCUUUCUCUGGUUC